AUGGUCCAGUCUGAACUUGUUUUCCAGGGCUGCUCGCCGCAGACGGACACUGGCGCAGUCUCAUCGGUCCCUGAGAACGGCAGUGUCGCCCAGAGACACUCCCCCGGCAGAGAAUGCAACAGGAGCCUGGAGGACUUGGUGUCUCGCCUGAAGCAGAGUCUGUGUCACUCAGCCCAGAGCCCCUCAGCAGAUGGCUCUGGCUGCAAACUCUGCCCCAUGGACUGGCUGUCGCACAGGGAAAAGUGCUAUUGGUUUUCUAAAGAAAGCACCAUCUGGAACAAGAGCCGUGAUGACUGCUCAGCGAAGAGCUCUCGAAUGCUAGUGAUCCAAGACCAGGAGGAGAUGGAGUUCAUACAGAACGUCACACAGGGUAAAUAUCAUGUCUGGCUCGGGCUCAGUGUUACGUCACCAGGGAAGAACUGGACCUGGGUGGACAGCUCCAAGUUAGACCAAACUCUGUUCCCAGAAUCAAGCCCUACUGAUCUAAACAGCUGUGGAAUGAUAAAAGGGAAUCAGAUUAAAUCUGAAAUUUGCAGCGCUGAAUUAAAGUGGAUUUGUCAGAAGGAAGCUGUGCCGCUAUGA